AUGGAGAUGAACUAUGAUGAACAGGAGCUCUCCGCCAUUGAGCGAGAGCUCAACGUCGAGCUUCUCCCUGGCACGGAGCUGAUGGCGGAUGUUGGAACGCAUCAUUUCGUCAAGAGUACCGGCAGGAGCCAUCGUGUCUUGGUUCCACAGCCAUCGGAGGAUCCCCAUGAUCCCCUCAACUGGUCGACGUACUGGAAGCUUUCGGCGAUUGUAGCCUCGAGCAUGGUCAGCUUCACGCAGGGCUUUGGUCCACUAUCUCUCGCACCCAUGUUUGGCGACUACAUCGAGGCAUUCGACUGCUCUCUGGCAGAUGCAGUGCAGUUUACUGGCGUUGCUAUCCUUGUGCUUGGCUUCAGCAACUUCAUCUGGGUUCCUCUCAGCUCGACGUUCGGUCGUCGCCCGGUUUACAUCUUCUCCCAGCUAAUCUGCCUGGGCUCAUCCAUCUGGCGUGCGAGAGCUCAGACUUAUGGCUCUUUUAUGGGGGCUUGUGUUCUUAACGGCAUUGGUGCUGGUCCGGCUGAAACCAUCCAGCCAGCAGUCAUUGCGGACAUUUUCUUCCUCCAUGAUCGUGGCAAGUGGAAUACGCUCUACUGGGUCGUCUACAUGGGAUCUCUCAUGGUUGCGCCCAUCAUCUCUGGUGCCAUGGCUGAAAACGUUGGGUGGAGAAGCUUCUGGUGGUUCUACACUGCCCUGCUCGCCCUCUCCCUGGCAAUGGUGGUCUUUAUGUUCCCCGAGACGAAGUGGCACCGACAACAUCCAAAGGAGGUGGUCAAGCAUGCCAUUGCAACCCAAGAAGAAAAGUCUGAGGGUGUCGAGGGCGCUGAUAAGAAACGUUCAGACGCUGUGCUUGAACAGGCACCCGAGAACAACGAACUUGGUCCAGUCGAAACCGCCGAACGCGACCCCUGGCUCGGCCGUGGCAAACCAAACAAAGCCCAAUGGGGUCUUUACACUCCCAAUCCAGAUCCGCUCAGGGCCAUCAUCCUCGAUCUUUGGAUCCCAUGGAAACUGUUCGCCUUCCCCAUUGUCGAAUUGGCUGCUUUUAUUGUCAGCUGGAGCUGUUCUUCGUUUUUGACACUCAAUUUGACCCAGACUCAAGCCUUCGCGGCGCCGCCCUACAACUUUACCACCGAGCAAAUCGGAUUCACCAACUUCGCCAUUCUGGUGGGCGCCAUGAUUGGCCUGUUUACAGCAGGACCAUUUUCCGACUUUGUGGCCGCUCGAGCGACAGCACGGAACAGAGGUGUCCGUGAACCUGAGAUGCGUCUGCUUGCGUUGAUUCCGUACGUCAUUAUCAUGUACUUUGGCAACAUUAUUGUCAGCGUCGGGUAUGAGAACAAAUGGCCGUGGCAAGCCAUUGUCAUUAUCGGAUACACUUGUGCGGGUAUCCAGGUCGCAGCUAUCCCCGGCAUCGCCUCGACCUAUGCCGUCGACAGCUACAAGCCCGUUGCUGGCAGUUUGUUCGUGGCCAUCACGGUCAACAAGAAUGUCUGGGGAUAUGGUUUCAGCAAGUUCAUCACGAACUGGAUCGUUGACGACGGUUACAUUCCGCCAAUUAUGACCAAUGCGUCGUUGAUUCUCCUGUUCUGCCUGUGUGCUAUUAUCUUCUACUUCUACGGGAAGACGUUCCGACGAUGGACCAAGAACAGCAGCGUGCAUUCGAUGUGA